AUGCCUACUCCAGAAGAACAGCAGAAUCUUGCCGUAGUCACCGAAUACUUUGCAGAGUAUUGGGGCAAGGGCAACGGUGAUAUUGUCGAUACGCUAUGCGCAGAUGGCUUCGUCAUCAACUAUCCCAUGCAUGGCCCCCGCUACGGCAGGGAAGAUGCGAAAAAGAUGAUUCGAGAAUUCAAAGAGGCGUUUCCAGAUAUAUCGUUUCAUGCGUAUCAGCACCCUCUCAUUGCCAGCGGCCCCUACGUCGUGGGACGAUGGAUUGGUGGUGGCAAGCACACUGGCGUUGCAUUUAGCGACUUGGCUGUCUCCCUGGACCGUCCAAACACAGGAAAGGAAAUCCAUUUCUCGGGUACUACCAUCUUUACUCUGAAAGACGGCAAGAUUGUGGACGAGACGGGAGAGGAGGGUGCUUUGACUGCGCUGCAGCAGCUAGGUCUCGUAACUGGGCCGAAUGCCGGAAAAGAAAUCAAGUAUCUACAUGAGUGA